ACUAGAUCGGAACUAAGUUAGUCCAGGCGGCAAACGUUGGGCUUACGGUGGUGGUGGUGGAAGGGUAAAAAAAAAAAAAAAAAAAAAAAAAUUAAGAAAUUUUAUAAUAUUUUUUCACCGCCCGCUUAAAAUUUCAUUGAAAAACCCCUCCAUAAUUCCGUGCGUUUCCCCUCCAUGCCCAUAACCUCCCCUCUGAUCAUCCCGCAUCGUCCCUAAACAUUUUUUCCUCCCACAACCAUCAACUGCAAUUUGUGAUCCCAUUCAGUUGAACAGAAAAUUUCUAAGAUGGCGGAAGAAAUCUACGACGGUGCCAUUGGUAUCGAUUUGGGCACAACCUACUCCUGUGUCGCUAUCUAUGAGGGCAACAAUGUCGAAAUCAUUGCCAACGAGCAGGGUAGCUUCACUACGCCAUCAUAUGUCUCCUUCAACGAGAAGGAGCGAUUGAUUGGUGAGGCUGCAAAGAACCAGGCCGCCAUGAACCCGCGGAAUACGGUCUUCGAUGUCAAGCGUCUAAUUGGACGACCCUUCUCCGACCCCAUCGUUAAGAAGGAUAUCGAAUCAUGGCCCUUCAAGGUCGUCGAGCAGGGCACCAACCCCGUCGUCCAGGUCGAGUACCUAGGUGAGACCAAGACUUUCUCGCCUCAGGAAAUCUCUGCCAUGGUCCUUAUCAAGAUGAAGGAGAUCGCCGAGGUUAAGCUUGGCAAGAAGAUUGAAAAGGCCGUUAUCACAGUCCCAGCCUACUUCAACGACAACCAGCGUCAAGCGACCAAGGAUGCCGGUUCUAUUUCGGGCCUGAACGUGCUCCGUAUCAUCAAUGAGCCUACCGCCGCUGCCAUUGCUUACGGCCUAGGCGCUAACAAAUCCAACAAGGAGCGCAACGUCCUUAUCUACGAUCUUGGUGGUGGUACUUUCGAUGUGUCCCUUCUAAACAUCCAAGGUGGUGUCUUCACCGUUAAGGCUACUGCCGGUGAUACCCAUCUUGGUGGACAGGACUUCGACACCAACCUCCUUGACCACUGCAAGAAGGAGUUCUCUCGUAAGACCAAGAAGGACAUCUCGGGUGACCCGCGAGCACUCCGACGACUGAGAACUGCUUGUGAACGUGCCAAGCGUACUCUAUCCAACGGUGCACAGACCACCAUUGAAAUCGACUCACUCUUCGAUGGCGACGACUUCUUCCUACAGAUCACUCGUGCUCGUUUCGAGGACCUGAACGCCAAGGCCUUCAAUGGUACCUUGGAGCCUGUUGCCCAGGUCCUUAAGGAUGCUGGUGUCGAGAAGAGCGCCGUUGACGAGAUUGUGCUUGUUGGUGGCUCCACCCGUAUCCCCAAGAUCCAGAAGUUGCUUAGCGACUUCUUCGAUGGCAAGAAGCUCGAGAAGAGCAUCAACCCUGACGAGGCCGUUGCAUAUGGUGCUGCCGUUCAGGCCGGUAUACUCUCUGGCAAGGCUACUUCUGCCGAUACCUCCGACCUCCUCCUCUUGGAUGUCGUUCCCCUAUCCCUUGGUGUUGCCAUGGAGGGCAACAUCUUCGCUCCCGUUGUGACUCGCGGCCAAACCGUCCCGACCAUUAAGAAGCGCACCUUCACCACUGUUGCCGACAACCAGCAGACUGUUCAAUUCCCCGUUUACCAGGGCGAACGUGUCAACUGCGAGGACAACACCUCUUUGGGAGAGUUCACUUUGGCACCCAUUCCUCCCAUGCGUGCCGGUGAGGCUGUCCUAGAGGUCGUCUUCGAGGUCGACGUCAACGGUAUCCUCAAGGUUACUGCUACUGAGAAGACAUCCGGUCGCAGCGCUAACAUUACUAUUUCCAACUCCGUCGGCAAGCUCUCGUCUGCCGAGAUUGAGACUAUGAUUAGCGACGCCGAAAAGUUCAAGAACAGCGACGACGCUUUCAGCAAGCGAUUCGAGGCUAAGCAACAGCUCGAGUCUUACAUCAGCCGGGUCGAAGAGAUCAUCUCUGACCCGACAAUGUCCCUUAAGUUCAAGCGUGGCCAGAAGGACAAGAUUGAGCAGUCUCUCAGUGAUGCCAUGGGUCAGCUUGAGAUCGAAGACUCUUCAGCCGACGACUUGAAGAAGAAGGAGCUUGCGUUGAAGAGAUUGGUGACCAAGGCCAUGUCCUCGCGAUAAGCAUAUCCUCUCCUUGUUUUACGGAUUUAAUCAAGGGAUAUAGAUGGGUGGCUGCUUAGAUUCCCCCGAGUCCUCUAGGUGGCUCUAGUACCCAUCUACGCUAUGGAAAGGCAAUGGUAUCUGGAAGUUGGGGGGAAAAGGACGCGGUGUUUUAGCUCGGCUUAAUGAGACACGAGGCGAACACAAAAGUCUUCCGGGGUGGUUUCUACACUUCUGGGCAUUUACUAACACCAUAUCUUACCGUUCUCUUCCGAACAGAAAACAACCAUAUACUGGUUGAUGGCGUAUAUGCAUGUAGACUAGGGAAAAGAAGUGGUCCGAUAGGGAUGAACUCUGCAUGAAAUUUAAUGGUUUUCACUUUAUAUGAGUUGAAUCCGAUGAUUUGUUUUAGGUGACCUAGGUACUUGAAUAUCUCAGAUAUGGCUUGAUGUAGUUUAUUUUCUA